AUGGCUGCUUCUAGAAAACUUCAAGGUGAAAUUGAUCGGUGCCUUAAGAAAGUUACCGAAGGUGUUGAAACAUUUGAGGAUAUUUGGCAAAAAGUUCACAAUGCUACAAAUAGUAAUCAAAAAGAAAAAUAUGAGGCUGACCUCAAAAAGGAAAUCAAGAAAUUGCAAAGGUUACGCGAUCAAAUCAAAAGCUGGAUUGCGUCCGCAGAAAUUAAGGAUAAAAGUGCAUUACUUGAUUACCGCAAACUUAUAGAAACUCAAAUGGAAAGGUUUAAAGUAGUCGAACGAGAAACAAAGACUAAAGCUUAUUCUAAAGAAGGGUUGGGUGCUGCCCAAAAACUAGAUCCCGCUCAAAAAGAAAGAGAAGAAAUAAGUGCAUGGUUAACACAAUCAAUUGAGUCGCUCAAUAUUCAAAUUGACCAAUAUGAAUGUGAAAUGGAGUCAUUACUUGUUGGGAAGAAAAAAAGGUUGGACAAAGAUAAACAAGAAAAACUAGAUGAACUAAAAGCAAGAGUAGAACGACAUAGGUUCCAUAUACGAAAAUUAGAGACUGUGCUAAGAAUGUUAGAUAAUAUGUCAGUGGAAGUCAAAAAGAUUCGUUCGAUAAAAGAUGAUGUGGAAUAUUAUAUUGAAGCAUCACAUGAAGAAGAUUUUAUGCAUAAUGAUGAUUUGUAUGAUGAAAUAAUUGGGUUAGCUGAACUCGAAUUAGGGGUUGCUGCAAAUAAUUCCGCAGAAGCCAAUGGAUCACCCACUAGCCAAACUGCAAGUCUUAGUGGUUCUUGUCCAGCAUCUCCUGCUCCAAUGUCACACAAUCAUUCCAUUGAAGAGCCUGUUUCAGUGGCUGUAAUAACAACUUCAACACCAGUAUCAAUAACAACUAUCGCUACAAUUAGUGAAUCAAUUCCAAUGAUCUCUACCGUAUCUACAGUUGUAACUAUUGCUACUUCAUCUUCUAUUGUUGCAGCACCAGUUCGUAAAAAAAAAGAAGAAACUACUAAAAAUACAAUUAAACCGACGCCUGUGAAAGCAAAUCCCUCAAAUAAUACUAAUCCUACAGUGAACAGUAAAGGCCCAACUAUAGCUGCAGUUGUUAAAUCAUCUGUUAGUAAUAAUCAUACCACCACAACGUCAAGUGUGUCUACUGUGUCUCAAUCUAUAACUACUCAAACAAGUACUACUACCGUUGGUAAUUUUGCAACUGUAGCAGCUUCAAAUAUUCACAAUAAGCAUUCACAAGCGCAAUCUGCUGAAAAUACAUCUGUUGUUACAUCUAUACCAACUUCUCCAUCAUCUUAUACUAAUGUGCCAACUGCACAAGGAAAUGUGAAUAAUUCUGAUAGUGUGGUUAAUUGUGUGUCUGAUACACCUUCGUCAUUAAGUUCUACGACGUCACCAGUACAAGUGGAUUCUAACACAGCCUUGUCAUCACUAAAGACUAUUGCACAAAAAGCUAUUGAUCAAGCUGGGAUUGAUAUAUCACAACAGUCUACUGAUAAUAAAAGUUUGAGUACAAAUAUAGUUCAAAAUUCAAGUAGUCAUCUAAGUUUACAGCAACAACCUACACAACAGCCACCUGCUUUGUUUGAAGCUAAUAUUUCCCCUUUAUUAGGAGUAGCUCCACUGGGUCCAGUGCCACUUUCUAAGGACCAUCAAUUUCAAUUCACUAUGCUUGAAUCUGCAUUUGUACAUUUACCUCAUCCAUCAGAUUCCGAACGAAUAAAAUUAUAUUUACCUCGAAAUCCGUGUUCAACGCCUCAUUAUUAUAAUCAAGGACCUCUUCCCCAUUCUGAUAGCUUAGAAUUUUUCCAGAGGCUUUCAACAGAAUCCCUUUUUUUUAUAUUCUAUUACAUGGAAGGAUCUAAAGCACAGUAUUUGGCUGCCAAGGCGUUAAAAAAACAAAGUUGGAGAUUCCAUACAAAAUAUAUGAUGUGGUUUCAGCGACACGAAGAACCUAAAUUAAUUAAUGAAGAAUAUGAACAGGGCACAUACAUUUAUUUUGACUAUGAGAAAUGGGGUCAACGAAAAAAAGAAGGAUUCACGUUCGAGUAUAAAUAUCUGGAAGAUAGAGAAUUAAAUUGA